AGAUAUAAAACAAUAUUCUAGCAAGAAGCCUUUGUUCCAUUCAACAUAAAAGUAAGAUUCCUUUUCUUCAUGGGUAGGCUUGCGAAAAACUUUACUGCAAUCCUUCUUUUGUUCUGAUUCUCUUCUUUUUAAAUUUUCCCUUGCAAUUAUAAAUCCCAGCAAAACAUUUUUACUCCAUUCAAUGCAUUGCUAUUCUUUCUUGAGAACAAAUAAUUUCUGGUCGGUUAACCUGCUUUCAUGGCGGCACCAGUAGUGGACGCAGAGUACCUAAAGGAAAUCGAAAAGGCUCGCCGCGACCUCCGUGCUCUCAUCUCCAGCAAGCAAUGUGCUCCUAUCAUGCUUCGCCUAGCGUGGCAUGAUGCUGGAACAUACGAUGCUAAAGCAAAAACAGGAGGGCCAAAUGGCUCCAUCAGGAACGUAGAAGAGUUAAAUCAAAGCGCAAACAAUGGUUUGAAAAUCGCUGUUGAUUUAUGUGAAGAAGUGAAAGCUAAACAUCCAAAAAUUACGUACGCAGACCUUUACCAGCUCGCUGGAAUUGUGGCAGUCGAGGUCACUGGGGGUCCAUCUAUUGACUUUGUUCCAGGUAGAAAGGAUUCAGAUGCAUCUCCAGAUGAAGGACGUCUUCCAGAUGCUGAACAAGGUCCAUCACAUUUAAGGAAUGUAUUCUAUCGCAUGGGACUAUCUGACAGGGACAUUGUGGCGCUGUCUGGAGGCCAUACAUUGGGAAGGGCACAUAAGGAUAGAUCAGGCUUCGAUGGUCCAUGGACAAAAGAGCCUUUGAAGUUCGACAACUCGUAUUUCAAGGAACUGUUGAAAGGGGAAACAAAGGGACUGUUGAAACUUCCUACUGACAAAGCUCUAAUUGAGGAUCCUAAGUUCCGAAUCUAUGUUGAACAAUAUGCAAAGGAUGAAGAUGUAUUUUUCACAGAUUAUGCAGCAUCACACAAGAAGCUAUCAGAAUUAGGCUUCACACCACCUUCCUCUGCUUCAAAGAGGACUACACUAAGAGGAGUUGUCAUUGCCAUUGGUUUUGCCUUACUUGUCACAGCUUUAUCCAUAGGAUCAGAUUACAUUUGGGAUACUAGGGCUCCCCAUGUUUAAAUUCAAAAUUUCAAACAAAUAAGUCAAAAGUCUUUACUGAAACAAUGUAACUAAAUAAUCCAACAGUUGGGAUAAUUCAAAUAUUGCAUUCUUCAUUUGUUAUAUAUAUAUAUAUAUAUAUAUAUAUAUAUAUAUAUAUGUAUAUAUUUAUUUAUUUAUGAAAAUGUAAAUAAACUAGACAAAAUAUAAAAUACAUUAAUUAAUUUUAUUUUA